AUGGCGCAAGAGGCUGAAGGACUUGGUGUUUAUGUUCUGCUCAGAGCACUUCACCUUAGCAGGGGAUGUGUUAGCCACUGUGUAUUUACUAGUUCUUUCAGUCUCGCUUACAAGCUCUUGUUAUAUGGUAACACUUUUGCAGUUGCAGGAGGUGUUGUUGUGGAAGACCAGCCAGAUGUGAGUGCAGUAUUAUCUGCCUACAAUCAGCAGGGGGACCCGACACUGUACGAGGAAUACUACAGUGGACUGAAACACUUCAUUGAAUGUUCCCUGGACUGUCAUCGAGCUGAAUUAUCCCAGCUGUUUUAUCCUCUCUUUGUGCACAUGUAUUUGGAAUUGGUUUACAAUCAACAUGAGAGUGAAGCAAAGUCUUUCUUUGAAAGAUUUCAUGGGGAUCAGGAGUGUUAUUACCAGGAUGACCUGCGUGUAUUAUCUAGCUUAACCAAAAAAGAACAUAUGAAAGGUAAUGAGACCAUGCUGGAUUUCCGGACAAGCAAGUUUGUGCUACGUAUUUCCCGUGACUCUUAUCAACUCUUGAAGAGACAUCUUCAGGAAAAGCAGAACAAUCAGAUCUGGAACAUUGUUCAGGAACAUCUCUACAUUGAUAUCUUUGAUGGAAUGCCUCGCAGUAAGCAACAGAUAGAUGCUAUGGUUGGAAGCCUGGCUGGGGAGGCAAAACGAGAGGCUAAUAAAGCAAAGGUUUUCUUUGGCUUACUUAAAGAACCAGAGUUUGAUGUGCCUUUGGAUGAUGAAGAUGAAGAAGGGGAAAAUGAGGAGGGAAAACCAAAGAAGAAGAAACCUAAAAAAGAUAGCGUAGGGUCAAAAAGUAAAAAACAAGACCCUAAUGCUCCUCCCCAAAACAGAAUUCCUCUGCCUGAACUGAAAGACUCUGACAAGUUGGAUAAAAUAAUGAAUGUGAAGGAAGCCGCAAGGCGUGUACGUCUUGGCCCAGACUGCUUGCCAUCCAUCUGUUUCUACACAUUCCUUAAUGCUUAUCAGGGUCUAACUGCAGUGGAUAUUACAGAUGACUCUAGCAUGAUUGUAGGAGGCUUUGCUGACUCUACUGUCAGAGUGUGGUCUGUGACUCCGAAAAAGCUACGUAGUGUGAAAACAGCAGCAGAUCUCAGUCUCAUCGACAAAGAGUCAGACGAUGUCUUGGAGAGGAUCAUGGAUGAGAAAACAGCAAGUGAGUUGAAGAUUUUAUAUGGUCACAGUGGACCUGUCUAUGGCACCAGCUUCAGUCCUGAUAGGAACUAUCUGUUGUCCUGUUCUGAGGAUGGCACUGUCAGACUAUGGAGUCUUCAAACAUUCACGUGUUUGGUGGGAUAUAAAGGACACAACUAUCCAGUAUGGGAUACGCAGUUCUCUCCUUAUGGAUAUUACUUUGUGUCAGGGGGACAUGAUAGAGUGGCUCGUCUGUGGGCAACAGAUCACUACCAGCCUUUACGGAUAUUUGCUGGCCAUCUUGCUGAUGUGACAUGUACCCGAUUUCAUCCCAACUCUAACUAUAUUGCUACGGGCUCAGCAGACAGGACUGUACGGCUCUGGGAUGUUUUGAAUGGGAACUGUGUAAGAAUAUUCACUGGACAUAAGGGACCAAUUCAUUCAUUGGCAUUUUCUCCAAAUGGACGAUUUCUGGCUACUGGAGCAACAGAUGGAAGAGUUCUGCUCUGGGACAUUGGACACGGCUUGAUGGUGGGAGAAUUGAAAGGGCACACUGACACUAUCUACGCACUCAGAUUCAGUAGAGAUGGAGAGAUUUUAGCAUCAGGUUCAAUGGAUAACACAGUUCGGCUGUGGGAUGCUGUGAAAGCAUUUGAAGAUUUAGAAACUGAUGAUUUUACUACAGCCACUGGACAUAUAAACUUGCCUGAAAACUCGCAGGACUUGUUACUAGGUACAUACAUGACCAAAUCAACCCCGGUUGUACACCUCCAUUUCACACGCAGAAACUUGCUGCUAGCUGCAGGAGCCUAUAGUUCACAGUAAGUUAUGAAGCUUAUAAGACUGACUGUGCCAAGUCAUUGCAGUAAUGACCUCAGGAUUUGAGACAAGGAGGGAUGUCUUGUACAGGUGGACCCCACUAGUUUGUUGCAGGAAAAAACAAACAAUGUAACUAAUGCAAGCAGCAUCUUCUCAGUUCUGCAUUUCAUAUUUAUCCACAAUUUGAAAAUAUGGGAGAGUGACAAGACAUCGUGGCUUUAAAGGAAGGAAUUGUUUCAUGGUGCUUUUGAUUUAAAAAAAAAAAAAAUAUAUAUAUAUAUAUAUAUGUAUAUGAAAACAGCUGUCUCCUCUCAGAGAUGGUUUGGAGCUCUGCUGAAACUUUUGGAAAGUUAAUACCCUCAGUAUGUGUUCUCAAACAAUUUUUUUUAAAGCACUUAACUUACGGUUGGCGAAUGUUUACUCAGUCUCAAACAUAGGCAAAAACUGUUCAGAUACGUUCAGAAAAGAAGAAUGCAGUGGAAUUCACCAUAGCCUGGGGUGAGCAACAGGUAUGGUGAGAGUAACACCGCAACAAAUAGGGCAUUGAAAAAGUAGGCCGAACAGGCAGAGGCUCGUGGGGAACUAGAGGGAAGUUACAGGUAUAGCUUUUAUGUAUCUGAGUACUUAAGUCCUGAAAAGAUUUCAAGCUCCUAUGCUCAUUUGAGAUAUUAGAAAUGCAGAUCUUGUCAUUCUGCUUUCAGAGGCAGCCUAAAUGUUUUAAGUGUGAUAGACAACCAGAAGUGAAACCUGAAUACGUGAUUGUAUGAAGAGAAGGGAUUGAGGCAUAACUGAAAUACUUUACCCACUCUUAAAAACAGUGGACUUGAACCCUUUUGCGGUGUAUUAGAAAAGAGCUAGAGAGCUUUAAAAACCUGCUACCUUUCUGCAUAAGAUUUGAUAUAUCAAAAUGAACACAGUGAAGAGCCAAGAAACCGAAACAUUGCAGAGCAAAAAGAUUUAUCAGUCCUAAGCGUAGUAUCAGUUUGCUUUUGAAGCUUCUCAAAGGUCAACUUGUCUGCUGAGGUGACAAUUUCCACCCACCAAAACAUGUUACCCCAGUCCCCCGGAAGUCUUCCUGGAAAAUCAGUAAAGCUCAGAACUUAAUUUAUAAGGAAAAGCAAAACAUGCAAAACACUAGGAGGUUUAACUUCUAUGUCUUUUAAUAGAAGCACCAGCAUCAAAGGACAGGCCCUGUUUCUUUCAAAUCUCUUACAAGCUAUACAGGGGGGAAUCUGUUUUGCAUUCCUCGCUGCUUCCAGUAAGGGCUUGAACACCUGUAUAAUCUGCUGGCUUUCUAGAGAAAAUAAAAGUGAGACUUGACGUUUCUAAGGUAAAGUGAACAGAGAACUACCUCCCAUCUCACCCUUUCUCUGCCUCUAACCCUUGGAAUAAAGGUGCAUUACAUGUCAAAAUAAAGGUUGGAAAAUCCAGUAGGAAGCUCACCUUGAAGUCUUCUCUUUAAGGGGAAAAAAAGGUUAAAACUAAAUUAUUAUGGAGGUUGUUUUUUUUUUUUUUCGUGUGUAUGGCUGAGUUCUUAGUACUGGUACCUCAACAAAACUUCCUAGCACUCAGUAUGAGCAGUUGGGUACAGUUACAGUGAAUCAGAAGAGUUACCUAAAACAUGUACAGUUUUGACAGCUUAAAAAAAACACUGCCACAUUCUGCCUUUGUAUUUUGUACAGUUUUAUACUUUUGAUAUUAUAAUAAAUACUAAAACCACUUGGUGUCUAUAGACUAUGUGUUACAGGAAGACAUUCUCUUUCCUUGAUAGUUGCAAUGGAAGCAAGAUCACUGCUGCUAAGUGUGAGCCCUCUGUUAAGGGAAACAAUUUAGGAAUGGGUAAUUGAUAACUUAUGUUUAUCUAUUUAAUGCAAUUUAGUUCUAACUGGGGGUGAUGGGUUCUAGUUAAUUAGGUGCGUUACGUUGUUACAGCAACCAUUCAUUUGAAAGACUGUAUGUAGUGGAGGCCUGCUAUGCAAACAAAUUGAUAGGAGAGGAAGAAUUUAUCUGAACUGCACCCUCCUUUCUCCACUAACCUGUAAUAGUUUACUUCCCAAGCUGAGGGCAGCAGCAGAUGUAUGUUUGUAUACUUCAGCAUCAAAAGUUCCAGGUUCGACCCCUGCUGCUGGCAGCCUUCCAAGAAGUACAGUGUUGUGUAAUCACAUUCACAUGUAAGCUGUAACAUGAAAUCUCAGGAAAAUAUGGGAUUUUAGAGGAGACGGAGAAAGGCAGCGGGUAGAAAACAAGAAAGAGAAAUUGCAAAUUUUAUUUCAGUGGUGGGGUGGGCAGGGAGCAGUAUCUAACUGUGGUAAGAAUACCUCAUCUAGUGAGUGGCUGCGUCUAGGAAAAAGAUUCACUCAUCUACUAAAAUCUGUGACUAUGCAGGGUGAGGACCAGGUUACUAGCCACAGCUCUCUCCCUGUACUAUAUUCUCUAGCAAGUCCUAGAGACAAAUAACAAGCCCAAUGUACAGUGACUUUCUGCAGUGCUUUAGGUGGACAAUAACUGCCAGGUCCUGCAGAUUCAGUUAGUGCUCAGGCCUGAGUCUUGCCACAGGAAUUCAAGCCUCCAUUAAAUCUCUUAAGGUGACUGUAGCCUACUUUUUUCCAUCUCCAGUGAUCCCACAGCCACUGACUGCAAUACAGUCUCUUAACCCUCAGUUGAAAUGAAUCUUUUGAUGAAUCGAGCCACAUCCCUUCACCUCAUCAGAUGGUCAGGGCUCAACAGGAAAAGGGGCCUUUACACACUAAGUGGAAUGCUUAUAUACAUUUCCUCAUGUUUACACUGAAGGAGAAGAUUCAGCUUUGCUCCUGUUGGCUACAUGCUGGCUGGUUGGUGCUUGUUUGUUUUUAGAGUCAUCCAAAUCCAAUAGCAUUUAUCCUUCAUGGUCUCCAGAAAGGUGCAAAACACUUGGCCUUGAUGUGGCAUGAUACGCUCCAGGUUGGACAAGCAACACACAAUCCAUUAUAAGGGUUUAAUAUCAGCAAGAAGUAAGCCAUUUUCUUUCUGGCUGUUACAAGCCUCUCCUGCACAGCUAACAGAAACAGUUACUUUUGCAAGAGAGGCUUCUAACAGAAAAAACUUAAAUACCCUAUUUAAUAGCUGGGCUCCAGCACCAAGCGCUGCAAUUCAUUGUUUUGGUCCUCUACCUCCCUCACCCCCAAUCUUUCAACUAAGGUGACUAAAGCAGUGCAAAGCAAGACUCUCAGCUGAAUGCUGAGGAGUCACUGCACUAUAUAAUAGAUAACAUUGAGAUUAGGAAGCGAAGUAAUUGAUAAGCAAAAGAAAACAAGCACCUCCAUAUAAUCAAUCUUUUGUCCUCCCUGGGAAAAGGGGGCACACACACUAGAUUUGGGAGGUUUUUCCAUCCAAAGCAAACAGGUUCUGUAAUGAGAAGUUGCACAAUACAGACAACUGAGGCAGAAGGAAAUCCUAUUAAUCUGCAUCAAAUUGCUAUGAGCGAAGGAGCCAUGGUUUCCUUUUAAACUUUUAAAACACCAACUUAGAAUCCAGAAAUUGGGAGCAGCCAGGACAACCAGUAAGCCAUUUGGAAGCGUGGAGAUGCUUCGAUCAGCUGCAAGCUCUGUGCUUGGUAGGACAUUCAUGCUGCUGAAGUCUCUCAUGGCCACGUUGCUACUGGUGCUCAGGACAUUUUAGGAUGAUAUAUCAUAACGGCAAAAGAGUUAAGUCAGGCUAGCCGUGACAAGAAUCAGCUACUUCACUACAGAUAAAUAUUUUUGACAG